AUGAUUAACCUUGUCACAAAAUCUGCCAGAUGUGCACGUUUGGUGACACAAAAGCCAAUCGUUGCGAGACGCACUCUGGAUGCGUCUCGGUAUAGAUUUUACAGUGAGAAAAAGGACGAGAAAAAAUCUGACUCCAUCCUGGACGAGGACCUUCUUGCCAAAGCGGGCAUAGAUACAGAGCCCAAAUCUGAAGGAGAACCUAAAAGAUACGAACCGCAAGAAGACGAGUAUGGUCAACCUAAAAAGAGAAGAAACAAUGUCAAAUCCUCUCUAGAUAAGAAGAAAGACAGACUGGCCAAAUUGUUCUGGUUCUCUGUUCUAGGGGCCGCGUUGGCAGGAGGAAUCUACAAUUCCAGAGACUGGGACCCAGAGGAAGAUAAGGAACUGUACAACCCCGAUGAGAACGGACUGAAUCCAGUGAACGUGUGGACUAGAUUCAAGAAGAGAAUGUGGGGAGUCACAAACGUGUUUUCCGAACCGGCGUUCACUGAUCUCCUUCCGCCUCCGCCUCCUGCUCCCUACAGACACCCGUUGACCUUAGUGUUAGAGCUUGAUGACCUGCUUAUUCAUGCCGAUUGGGACCAUAAAAAAGGAUGGAAGACUGCCAAGAGACCAGGGGUCGACUACUUUUUGGGCUACCUUUCGCAAUACUAUGAAAUUGUGAUCUUUUCUAGAUCUUCAAUGGCUUUUGCUGAAACGGCUGUUGCUAAACUGGACCCCUAUCAUGCGUUCAUUUCCUACUCUUUGUUCCGCGAGGCUUGCAGAACCAAAGAUGGGAAAGUGAUCAAGGAUUUGAGCUUGAUGAACAGAGAUUUAGGAAAACUGAUCAUCAUUGAUCCAGAUGAAUCGUGUUAUUCGAUGCAGCCUGAAAACGCAAUUCCUAUUGAUAAAUGGGAUGGCAAAAAAGACGAUAAACUUGUUAGAUUGAUUCCUUUCCUUGAAUACCUGGCCACCCAGCCAAUUAAGGAUGUGAGACCUGUUUUAGCAUCGUUCAAGGAUAAAAAGAAAAUCCCAGAAGAAUUUGCUGAGAGAGAGGCGAAGUUGAGACAACAAUGGGAAAAAGAGCAGAAGCAAAUCAAUGGCUCCACCCUUACCUCCUCAUUACUGGGUAUCUCCCAAAUCAGACCUAAAAAGAUGCCUUUGGACCUGAUCAGAGAACAUGGGCAGAAAAACUACCUUCACAUGUACAAUUACUUGAAGGAGAAUGGAGAGAAGCUGUUGCAAGAAGAACAACAGAAAACGAAGGAGCUGUUGGCUGAUCAGAAGUUAACUCUGGAGAAAAUCUUCACCGAAGGAAUGCCAACCGCCGAGGAUAUUGCUAAGCAGCAGGCUAUGCAGGCCGCACAAGAAGGACAGGCUCCAGCAAAACGAUGA